AUGGCUGGUAGAAUUACUUUGCUUCAAUCUGUUACUGCUACAAUUCCUAUCUAUACUAUGCAAAUUGCCAAGUUGCCUAUGUCUGUCUAUGAUAAAUUGGAUCAGCUCAACAUAAAUUUUCUUUGGGGGCAUACCAAUAAUACAUCUAAAAUCCAUCUUAUCAAUUGGAAGCAAGUGUGUAAACCUAAGGUAGCUGGUGGAUUAGGCAUUAAAAGGUCUGCUUGGAUGAACCAAGCUCUUUUGGCCAAGACUGGAUGGAGACUUCUUCAACAUGAGCAAGACAGUCUUUUAGCUCAUCAUGAGUGGCAUGUGGCAUGGGAGCAAAACCAACAUAAGUUUAGCACUAAGAGAGAGGGUGCAGGCCAGCAUUCCUUGGUUCUUUGGGCGUCUCUGGCUUGGAACUUGCUCCCAGCAGCUUUGCUUGAUGAGUCUGCCAACCUCCUCCUUCACGUGUGGUUGAGUUGUGGUCCUCUGUAUCAAUAUGCUCUCAUUGAUCUCUAUGAGGAAAUGCUUCAGUUGAAUGUUGGUAAAUGGGACUGGCAGUUUCUUUGGAAGUUGCGACUCCCUCCUAAGGUUAAAACUUUUCUUUGGAUUGUUUGUCAUCAAAAGUUGCUUACUAAUGUGCAAAGGCAGAAGAGAGGUCUCACUCAGGUUCCUACUUGUCCUAGAUGUGAUUAUCCUAUGGAAACUAUUGCUCACUGGUUUAAGGAUUGUCCUUUCUCUUUGGCUAUUUGGAAUUGUCUUCAAAUUGGAGAUAAUUCUAGCCCUGAUAUGAUGGAUUUGAAAGAGUGGCUAUUAAGGAAUCUUCAAUCUAAAAGAAAGGUUUAUAAUGGGUUGCUUUGGCCUCUGGUUUUUGCUCUUUAUUUGUGGUUUAUCUGGAAAUGGAGAUGUAAAGUAAUUUUUGAUCAAAGGUUUGUUAUGCCUGGUGAACCACAACAAUUAAUUCUUCAGUAUGCUUUGGAGUGGUUUAAUGCUACAAAACCUCUUUCCCCUUCUUAUGUUCCAUCUGUUGUUCAACUUCAUUGGAUAGCCCAUACUUAUGGAGUUUGUAAGAUUAACACAUAUGGAAGUCGUAAUAGUGAUUCUGGGUUUAUUGGUGUUGGUUCUCUCUUAAGAGAUAAUUAUGGUGCUUGGAUUAAGGGCUUCUCUGUGAACCUGGGUGUUGGUUUUGUUCUUGAACCUGAGUUAUGGGGCAUUUUUUGGGGACUUCAUUUGGCUUGGGAGUCUGGCUUUCGAUUUGUGGAGGUGGAAAGUGACUCUCAAGUGUGGCUGUGGCUCUUCUUUCUAGCUCUACUAUUUCCACACACCCCCUGUUUAGCCUUAUUAGUUGUUGCAAGUUAA